CCCCCAGACCACCCGAGCCCUCCGGUACCGACUGCAACAUCUCCCCCGGGUGGCUUGGGCCUGUGGUGGAUAUCCUCAGGUCGCUCGCUAUCAGUUGAUGCUACAAGGCGUGCCGCCAGUGCGUCCUGCGCGUGACAUCUAGGAGACGAGAGGAGACGAGAGGAGGGUCUUACAAGAGUCUGCUGCCUGACCGGGAGAGCAUCACUCAGUGCGCAGACACCCGCUGAACGCUGCUGGAUAUACUAGUGUGUGUGUGUGUGUGUGUGUUUGCCGGACCCAGCUUCGGCGUCUGCAUCUCUUUAAGGACGAAAAGGAGCGAGCGGGGUUAGACUCACUGCCACGAGACGACAUGGGAGCGACAGCAUCAACGCAGCAGCGGGAAGCGAAGAGCCCCGAACCCGCCCCGGCUCACGAGCCGGAGCUGAACGAGCUUCGGGAGGCAGAAAACCUGGACGACAAGGUGCUGCAGAAGAAUGGGCAGAUCUCCAUCUCCAGCCUCAACCAGACCGACAUCAACGGCCACUCCGAGGACAACACACUCUCUGAGGUGGGCCAGACGGAUGCCGCGCCCCAGAAGGAGGACAUUCCGGAUGAUUCCAUGAUCACUCCGGAGAACAACGAGGAGGCGCCUCAGGUGAACGGGGAGACUGAGGAGAAGAGCAAAUCCGCCGCCGACGCUGACGUCGUCAUGGCGACAGAGGAGAAGGCCGGCGAGGUCAAGGGUGACGCCGAGACCAGCGAGGAGGAGGUCGGGUUCAAGAAGAUCUUCCGAUUCGUGGGCUUCAAGUUCACCCUGAAGAAGGACAAGAACGAGAGGAGAGAGGGGCCGGAGCCCGUGAAGCUGCUGACCGUGGAGAAGAAGGAGGACGAGGCGGAGGUGCCCGCUGCCCAGGUGCCCGCUGCUGAGGCAGAGGGGGAAGCCAAAGAAGAGCCCAGCACAGAGGUAACCACGGCGACGACAGAGGGGAAGGCGGGUGACACAGAAGAAGCCCGGUCUGAGGCCGAGACCACCACCGCCACCACAGCUGCAGAAUCAGAGGCGGACCGCACGGAGGCGGCUCCCACGGAGGAGGUGGCGGAGGCUGUGGAGGCGCCUGAGAAAGAGGCCGAGGCACCAGCCGCCGCAGAGUCUGCCGUCAUCAGUCCAAGCGCUCAGGAGACGCAGUCGUCCUUCAAGAGGUUCUUCACUCAGGGCAUCUUCUCCAACCUGAGGAAGAAGACCAGUUUCAAGAAGGCCAAAGAGGAGGAGGAGGCGGCGGCAAAGGAGAAACCUGCCGCUGCCGAGGAGGACAUCAAAGAGGCCGAGGAGAAGACAGAGGGGCAAGCUGAGGCUGCGGAGGCCACAGCAGCGGAGACUCCCGCUGAGGAGAAGGCCACAGAGGAACCCGAAACAGCCACUGAGGCAAAACCAGCAGAAGAACCCGAAGAAGAACCGGUCCAGGAGGAGGAACCCGCCGCCCCAGAAGGGUUAGCAGCAGCCGUCACUCCUUCUGAGGAGAAGCCUAAAGAGCAGGAGGUGGUCGCCGCCGUGGAUACAGAGGCGACGCAGGAGGCAGAGGCUGAGGAGGCUGUCCCCCUUGCCCCCACACAGGAGGAGGCGGAGGAAACCACUGAGGACCAGGUUGCCCCUGGAGACGCCCCUGGAGACGCUGCCACAGAGGCUGAGCUCGUCUCGUCCCAGGAGAAGGCCAAGGUUCAAGGGAGCCCCCUGAAGAAGCUCUUCGCCGGCGCGGGCCUGAAGAAGCGUUCCGCCAAAAAGCCAAAGGUGAAGAAAGAGCCGGAGACGACCAAACUGACUGAAUCAUCGGGCGAACUGUCUUCCGAACAGCUUCAGACGUCCACAGAAUCGGCAGAGAGCCAAAGAACAGCUAACAGCGGCCCCUCCUCGCCCGAGGAGUCUGGCGAACACGUCGUCGUCGGCAAGGCCACUACCCCUGAGGCGAGCCCGGAGGCCUCCACGUCGGACGGGGAGAAGAAGAAGGACAGCAUCCUGCCCUGGGCGUCCUUCAAGAAGAUGGUGACCCCGAAGAAGAGGGUCAAGAGGUCGUCAGACGAGAGCGAAGAUGAGGCGGCGCCCGCCGCCGCCGCCAGCGACAAACCCAAGUCUGCUGCCACUCUCUCCUCCACAGAGAGUGCCGCCGAGAAACCAGAGGAAGCGAAACCCACCAAAUCUGAAGAGGAAGAAACAACAGACGAACCGAAAGCUGAGAAAGCGAGUUCUGAAGCUACAGAAGAAGCCGAAGAUGAACCGAAAGCCGAAGUGAGUUCGGAAGCUAAAGACGAAGACGAAGACGAAGCUAAAGAUGAAGCUAAAGCCGAGAAGGCGGAGCUCGCUGCCGAGGAGGAGCCCAAAAAGAAGAUGGACUCCUCUGUGUCGUGGGAAGCUCUGAUCUGCGUGGGCUCCACCAAGAAGAGGGCCAGAAAGACGUCCGACUCCGAGGAUGAUGAAGACACCACCAAACUGCAGGAGGAGGAGGAGGAAGGCCAGCAGCAGUCGGGGGGGGAGGAGAAGCAGCAGGCCAAAGCGUUGUUGGAAUCCUCCCAGGAAGCCGACGACCACGAGAACCUGGCCUCGUCGCCCGAGCCCGAGGGAGAACUGGUGUCCACCUGGGAGUCGUUCAAAAGGAUGGUGACCUCCUCCCGGAAGAAGAAGCCGGAGGACAGGUCGUCCGAGGACACGUCCGGAGCGGAGCAGACGCUCUCCGACAGCGAGAUCCCCAAAGAGGAGUCCUCCUCGUCCUCGUCGUUCUCCCUGAAGAAGCUCAUCCCGCGCCGGAAGAAGAAGAGCGAGGCGGCGAGGCAGGGGCCCGUCUCCUCAGACGUGGGCUCCGCAGAAGAGGACUCUGACACUCCUGCAGUCGUGCCCCUUUCUGAGUACGACAACGAGCCCUCGGAGCCCCCAGCAGAGGGCGCUGAAGACACCAAACCUGAGGCGUCGGAGCUGGAGGUGGCAGCCCCCCCCGCCGCGGCUUCCUCUUCUGAGGAGCGCUCGCCGUCCUGGAUCUCGGCAGUCGUCGUGGAGGACCUCGAGGAGGACGCCAAGCAGCUGAGCGAUAUUCCCGAAGAAGGCGACACGGCCGGCACGCCCAAGUCCACAGACAACACUAUCGCCGAGGACAUCGUGGAGCUCACCUCCGAGGCCGUGACCACACUCGAGCAGCCCCAGGAGCCCUCCGCUGCUGCCGAGGAAACCGAGAUGGUCUCCGCUGCGUCCCGCAUCUCAGCGUCUCCGGUCACCUCCGGGGAGGCCACACCUGUAGCGGUGGAGGCUGAUGUGAAGGUGGAGGCCGUUCUCCUGGAGGCUGUGGAGGUCGUCACGCCCGCCGCCACAACCGUGACCCUCGCUGAAGACCACCACGAGAUCGCCACGGUGAUCACAGACUCCCAGCAGGUGGAGGAGGCCACCAGUGCAGAGGAGGUGGCCGUCGUCCUGGUCCCUCACGAGAAGGCGGCGGCCUCCAACAUCUGCACCGGCCUCAGCGCGGAGGUUCUGGAAAGCGCAGAGAUCGAGAUUCCUGCGCCCGCCGUGGUGGAGGGCGUCGGCGCCGUCGCUGAAGUCGUGGCAACCGAGGUGGUGGCGGUGGAAACCGAGGCUGAGCAGCCAGAGGAGGCGGCGGCGGCCGCCACACAGGACGAGGUCCACGAGGCCGAGGUGCAGGAAGUCCAGACCGAGGAGGCCGCUCCUGCUCCGGUGGAGAACGCUGUUGAGGAGACCCCGAGGAUGGAGGAGAUCGGAGAUGAUGCACCGGAGACCGAGUUGGUCGACGAAAUCGAGAAGGCUCCGGCGGUGAAGGUCGCAGUCGUCAGCGCGACCCCGGCAGAGGCUGAGCGCCUGGAGGAGCCGCUGGUAGUGGAGGACACCCUCACCCUCACCCUCACCCCGCAGGUAGAGCCAGAGGGUCCCGUCGAGCCGCUGGUGGUGGGGGAUGCCGUCUGUUGUCAGACGGUGGAGGUCUCAGAGGUGGCCGUGGUGGCAGAGGACACGGAGGAGGAGAAGCCGUUGGUUGACGACGCGGACGACGAGACUGCAGCAGCCGUGGCCGAGCUGGCACCAGCGGAGGAGGUCACCGAGGCGGUGAUCCAGGAAGUGACCACAUCCCUGUCGGCGGACGCACCAGUGGCUGCUGAGGGUUCCGAGGCCACAGAGGCCGUAAUUGCGGUCGUGGCUCCAACAACAGAAGAAUUUGCAGUUGUCAAGGAAACGGUGUGUGUCAUCAUCAGUUCUCCAUCAGCAGAAACCGCUGACACCCUGACGGCAGAGAUCAAAGACGACGAUGUUGUCAUGGAGAAUGUAGCCGCUGAACCUACAGGGGACGAGGACGUCAUCCAGGUCCAGGUCCAGGAAGAGGAGGUGACCUCAGCUGCAGCGGUGGUGGAAGCCAGCGUGGAGGUGGUGUGUGUGUCUAAGGACAGCGUGGUCGUGGAAGAGGUGUGUGAGAAGGUCGAAGACGCUCCUGAGCCGAUGCACGCCGAGCAGACGAAGGCGGAAGUCGUUGAGGAGCAGCAGAGCUCUGUGAUCGUGCAGACCAUCGUCCAGAACGUCAAGGAGAACGUCUCUGAGGAGAUUAAGGACACUGUUGCAGAAGAAAAAACACCUAAAAGGAUCAAAACCAUCGUUCAAGCGGCUCAGUUCACGGAGGUGCUGCCGGUCUCGCUUCCCUUCAACAUCGAGGCCGUGCAGGAGGAGGUCGCCGUGAUGUCUGUGACCGGCAUUGAGCUGAGCAUCGAGGUGGUGCCACAGGAAGUGAGCAUCGAGGUGGUGCCACAGGAAGUGAGCAUGGAGCUGCCACAGGAAGUGAGCGUGGAGGUGCCACAGGAAGUGAGCGUGGAGGUGCCACAGGAAGUGAGCAUGGAGGCGCCACAGGAACAUGGGGAGUCUGAGCAGGAAGUCAAAGAAAGUGCCGAGGAAGAGGAGAAGGUUGAUACAAAGGUGGAGAAGGCCGAGGAAGAGGAGAAGGCCGAGGAAGAGGAGAAGGCCGAGGAAGAGGAGAAGGUCGAUACAGAGGAAGAGGAGAAGGCAGCGGUGGAGGAGAAGGUCGAUACAGAGGAAGAGGAGAAGGCAGCGGUGGAGGAGAAGGUCGAUACAGAGGAGAAGCAGAUUGACGGGCAAAGCAAAGUCGAGACCGAACCUGAGCAAGUGACGCAAGAGGAACAACAACAACAAGCGCCCGCCACAGAGGAACAACAAGCGCCCGCCACAGAGGAACCCAGCCCAGCAGAACCUACAGCAGAACCUACAGCAGAGGAACCCAGCCCAGCAGAACCUACAGCAGAACCUACAGCAGAGGAAUCCAUCCCAGCAGAACCUCCUGCAGCCCAGGAAUCCAUCCCAACUGAAAUGACCGAGGCAGCAGCCCCAUCGCAGAUCGCCACACUGACCGAGAGCCAAGCAGAUGCAUCCAGCCUCGUCCCCACGGCAACCACAGAUGCAUCCAGCCUCGUCCCCACGGCAACCACAGAUGCAUCCAGCCUCGUCCCCACGGCAACCACAGAUGCAUCCAGCCUCGUCCCCACAGCCACAUCUACUGACGGCCAGGUAGCCCAGGAGGCAGACAUCAAAACAGCUGAGGAAUCUGAAUCUGAAGCCGGCGGCGGCGGUCUGGACACGCAGAGUUCCGGAGAUGUUCUGGCUCCCGACACAGACAUGAACGGGGACAGCGCUGCUGCUGUGGUCCAGGAACCUGCAGGGUCAGAGGUCAGCGCUGUGGUCCAGGAACCGGCCGCAGACAGUCAGAGCCAAGCAGAGGCCCCCUCCCCCUCCCAGGAUGCAGCAGAGCCCCCCUCCCCCUCCCAGGAUGCAUCAGAGCCCACACUCAAGCCUGAGCCCCAGAAUACGGUGAACGCACAGGAAGUGAUGGAGCAGAUUACGGUGAACGCACAGGAAGUGAUGGAGCAGAUUACGGUGAACGCACAGGAAGUGAUGGAGCUGGUUCUGGAGGAAGUGGUGAAGGAGGUCCAGCCCGUCUCCGCCGAGGUCGCCACAGUCUCAUGAGCAGCAGGUGGCGUUCGGAGCUGCUUCUCCUGCAGACCAUCAGUGGUAGAACUCAACACCCCACCCCCCCCCUAACAACAAGAGACUAAAAACACACACACUCCUCCACUCUCCAAGACUGAACACACACUCCUCCACUCUCC